AUGCGGUACAGGGAUUAUCGAUCGUAUCGAAGCCAAACCCAUCCGAUUACCUUGAUUCUUCGAGCGGCAGAGCGCGGUGUAGGUAUCGGCGACGGACAAUAUUUUCGGGUCAGGCCGAACAACAGUUCCGUGCUGGAGGGCGGCGAGGUGAUAAUUUCUUGCGAGGUGGGGAACCGAGUCGGUACCGUCCAGUGGGUCAAAGACGGAUUUGCUUACGUCAUACAGCCGAACGGCGAGAUCGUGGGCCAUCCCAGGCUGAAGUUGAUCGGCGAUCAGAACGCCGGGAUCUUCAACCUGAGAAUCACCGACGCGUCGCUGACCGACGACGGCGAGUACGAGUGUCAAGUCGGACGAUAUCUGCGGGUCAAGCCGAUCCGCGCCAGCGCCCAUCUGAUCGUCACCUCCCCUCCGCAGAAGGUGUCGAUCAGCAAUCACCCGAAGAAGCAGAUAAUCGAGGUGAAGGUGGGCGAGUCGCGGCGCUUGGAGUGCGUCGUUAGUGCGGCGAAGCCGGCCGCCUCGAUCAUUUGGUACCGCGGAAACGUGCAGAUCAAGGGCGGCGACACCACUAUCACCCCGAUCUCCAUCCAGGGUGACAAGGAGACGGCCAAGCCCGGGGAGACGAAGGAAUUGCUCAAGUACGACACUCACGGUUCCAUUACCAUCAUGCCUACGGCGGACGAUAAUGGGAUGGAUUACACCUGCGAGGCCAGCCACCUGGCGAUACCAAUAGACAAGCCUAUGCGGGCCACCGUCACACUUUCCGUUUUCUAUCCACCUGGUCCGCCGUACAUAGAGGGCUACACCGAGGGCGAGACCGUGCAGCGCGGUCAAAACGUGGAGCUCGCCUGUCGAUCACGCGGCGGAAAUCCGCAGGCGGAAAUUGUCUGGUACAGGAACGACGAGAAGGUCACGGCGGCCCAUCGCCGGGGCCAGGGCGUCAGCGAGAACGUGUAUUCGUUCAUAGCCCGGGCGGAGGACGACAAGGCCCGCUACAGAUGCGAGGUCUCCAACAUCAUGAGCGUGCAGCCCAUGAAAGUGCACGUCGAUCUCACCGUGCUUUUCGCGCCCACCGGAGUAACCAUCACCGGUCCGACCGAGGCGAAGGCGGACGACCAGGUGCUCAUUACUUGCACGACGGAGAACUCGAAUCCGCCCGCGGACAUAAAGUGGACGGUGGACGGGCAUAAUUUCGAGAGCAACGCCUCGAAGACGGAGCUGGCGCCGAACGGUGGCUGGAUCACCAGCUCGAACGUGACGUUCAGCAUUAAUCGCAAGAGCCGCAGCAUCGUCGUCAUCUGCCACGCUUCCAACACCCGGCUCACGGAGAACGUGGUCGGCACGCACACCAUCAACGUGAUAUAUCCACCCUCCAGACUAAGCGUCAGCGGACACGAUGAGAGUCAGUCGAUAACCGCCGGUACGGUGCUGAAGCUCAGCUGCACCGCCGUAGCGGGUAAUCCAUUGCCCACGUUAACGUGGUACAAGAACGACCGCAAGGUACUCGGCACAGUGAGACAGCGAAAUCAAGCCAUGACGAGCGAGCUAGCGAUACUCGUCAACGCGUCCGACAACAAUGCCCACGUGCGAUGCGAGGCGACGAAUUCCGCCACGGAGAUCCCCCUUCUCAAAGUUCUCGUGCUAAAAGUCAAUUUUCCGCCCGAGAGGGUGAAGAUUAACCGCGAGCCCCAGGAUUUUCACGCCGGCCAGGAGGGACGUCUAAUCUGCGAGUCGAGCAGCAGCAAUCCCGCCGCCGAAAUGUCGUGGUGGAAGAACGGGAUACCGGUGCCGGGCACCAGGAACAGCACCAAGCCCGGAUUACACGGCGGCUACCUCUCGUCCGUCGAGCUCACGCUGGACUUAACCGAGGACAUGAACGGCGAGGUGUACACCUGCGAGGCCAAGAACACCCAAUUGGGGAGAUCCAGCCACGACGCGACGACGCUGGACGUGCUGUACAAGCCAAUAUUCUCGCCGUUAGACCCUUACGAAUUAACCGGCCUGGAAGGAGAGCCCUUUGUGAUUUCCGUAUCGGCGAGGGGCAAUCCCAACACGACGGAAUACACGUGGACGAGGGAUGGUCUACCGUUGGGUGGCAGCGGUAAGAGAAUAACCGCGCACGGUGCCACGCUAAAUAUCACGAAAUUGGAUCGUCAUGACGGCGGCACGUACAUAUGCGAGGCGCUGAACAAGGAGGGGACCACCUUUUAUCAGCUGAACCUGACCGUGCAGUAUCCAGCGAAAAUCAAGCGUACUUCUUCGUCGGGGAUAGUUUACCCGCCGGGUAUCGAGGCGAAGCUGUUCUGCGAAGUCGACGGCAGCCCGAUCAGCGACGAGUUUGUCACAUGGCAGAAAAUAGGAUCGAAUCCCGAGCUACCGGGACGUUACUCGACGUCAUUCGUUAAUCGGACGUCGUACCUACACAUUGAGUAUCCCAGCCAGGAAGACGUCGGCGAGUACCGAUGCAAGGUCAACAACGGUAUCGGCAACGUAACGUCGGAUCCUAUUCUAUUUAUUACGAAUUUUAAACCGGAAAUGACGAACACCCCGCUGACGCGAAAGGCAGCGGCGAACAAAGGAAUAAACGUCCAAUUGUUCUGCAAAGCGCGAGGAUCUCCAUUGCCGCAUUUCACUUGGAUCUUCAAUGGGAAAACUUUAUUGCCGAAUGCAACCGAGGAUAAAUAUAGUAUCACUCACAGCGAUCUGACCGAGCUCUAUUCGGAGACGACGUUGACCAUCUACCGCGUGAGAGGGCAGGAUUACGGCAAGUACGAAUGCCGCGCCCACAACAAAAUGGGACAGUCCUCGGACGAAAUACUUCUGGACGUCACGUCGCCGCCGGACAAGCCGAGCGACCUGGAGGUGUACAACUAUACGCACGACUCGGUCACGUUGAUUUGGAAGCGCGGCUUCGACGGCGGCCUGCCGACGUCCCAUCAGAUACGAUGGCGACAGGCGCUGGAUUACGAGGAUCGCUAUCAUUACGUGGACGUCCCUCCCGGCGAGUACAAGGCCACUAUAUCCGGCCUGUCGCUGGGGACUUAUUACGUGUUUAGCGUAAAGGCCAUCAACGAGAAGGGAGACAGCGGUUUCUUGCCGGAUCUCGUCAAAGUCCAGACGCUUCGCCCGAAUAAAGAGGAAAACCUGCCGGACGUCCUCUCGGAAAAGGGCGACUUUCCGCUGAAUUAUAUCUAUACGUUAGCGGCGACUUCCGUCAUCAUUUUUAUCGUUAAUGUCUUCAUCAUGUUGUGGUACAUAAUACGAAAGCGAAAUAAAGCUCGCAUUAAUAAGUCGCAGACCGCGGAUAUGUAUGCACCGUCCACCGUCAACGGCGACACCAUGACCGGCGAAUUAAGUUCGAUGUCGGACGAGAAGAGCGACGUCAACUUCGACGCUAAUGAUUACGUGGACGAGGGGCGCAAAACCGCAGCUAGCACGUAUUUAAUAGAUCAAACUAUGCAGGAUUUCGGGAAAGGCGGUUUAGAGAUGCAGGUUCAUCAGGGCACCCUUGGUCGUCGCAGCAAUCACAUGCAAACGUCUAUGAACAUGGACUCGCCGCCGCAGCGGACCACCGCCAGCGGGACUCUCUCGGGGACGUUGUCGAAGUCGAGUUACAUCGGCAAUCCGAGCCCGGCGCCGCCCAACGACGUGAGCUUCUAUAGCGUGGAGAUGGACAACGGCCGGGGCUACAUGAGCUACGACGGCAAUCCGAGUCCGGCUCCGCCCGUCAUCGAUCCGACCGGCGGGCCCUACUAUCCCUCGUCCAUGGGCUCGACGGGUCACAUAAUGAGCGGGCAUCUGGUAGCCGGCACUGGCACGCUGACGCGCACCAGGACACUGCCGCGUCCCGUGCCGCCGCCCGACGUCACCGUGAUGACCGCGGGCACCAAGUCGCCGAUACCGCCGUCGGUGCCGCCGCCGCCCGCCACGUUCGCCCGCGCCGGUGCCAACAACGGCGGGCCGCACUCGCAUCCGCACUCGCACCCGGCACCGCCGCCGCCGUCCUGCCAGAGCCACCCGCUGUCGACGUUCGCGGCGACGCCGAGCUACUCCGACAUCGACGGUCAUCUUGUCUGA